AUGACCUACUGGUUAUUUGACACCUUGUCCCUGCACGAUUUUGUCAAGAUCUCCAAGUGGAACGAUGUCAGCUUCUGGUCCAUCAAAGUGUCAGUGGAUAAGACACACCGGACCCUCUUCAAGUUUGUCAAGAAGUUUGAGGCGGCUCUGAGUGGUCCAAGUGUUCCUGCUCUGGUGGAACAGGGAAGCAGCGCAAACUUAGACAGUGUAGACACCAACCCUGAGGAGACACCCAUCCAUCGAGUUCACAAGGCUCUGAAGAGCAACCUGCCUGGGAAGGGCAGAGAUCUGCAGGAUGAGGAGCCGGAGGAAGGAGUGGAAGCUUCAUCUCUACAGGGACGUCUGCCUGUUCUUACCAGGAAGAUGAAGAAAAUAUGUAACCAGUAUGUGAAGAAAAACCCAGUACCUGAGCUGUCUGAAGACCUGGACACCUUCACAGGCGAGGUCAUCAGCAACCUGCGAGACUUGCAAAGCCUCACCAUCAACAUGUCAGCAGAGAAGGAAAAACAGAAGUCUGAGGUCAAGCACAUCCUUCAACAGAAGCAGAGGGCGCUGUCCGACCUGUUCAAGAUGCUCUCAGAUAUCGGUCUCUCGUACCGUAAAGGCCUGAUAUGGAACAGGACAGCCGACCCAGAGAAAAUGUUCUGUAUGCAGCCGCUGGAGAUGAGCACUGCUCUUUCUGCUGCCAGCAACCAGGGGCAGGCUGAGAACAUGUUGUUCACAGAGCUGUUGGCAGCGUGGGAUGGAUGUCAGAAGUACUUCUAUCGUUCAUGGGCCCGGAAAACGGUCAUGCUGACUGCUCUUCAGCUGCCUGCAAAGGAGCUGGGUCUGGGAAACAUUGAGCGCUGUAGAGGCUUCUCCUCUCACAUGUUCAAGCUGCUCCUCAGACAGAGGCGACGUCUGGCCACGCUCACAGAGCAGUGGGUCCAUCUCAGGAGGCUGACUUUCAGCAUACAGGACAUUAAGACCCACCUCCAGAGCCACAGUAAGGACCAAGGCUGUACCAUCCCGCCCCAGGCCUCUCUCCAGGGCUGGGUCAGCAGAGGCCAGGCGCUGGCUGCCCAGUGCACCACGCUCCUGCAGCAGCUGGCCUGGCUGCUACAGUGCUGCCCUGAGGACCUUCAGCAGGAAGAGGAGACCAGCAGCUGCAGGCAGCACACCCUGAGGUGCCCGUCCCCGCUGGCUGUGCACCGCCAGCCUCCCGGCUGUCUGAUGAGGAGGGGAGAUGCCACGUGGUGCCAGCUACACCAGCACGUGACCGAAAUGUUGAGGCAGAGCGAAAGCCUGAAGGUGGAGCUGGACACUGUGGCCCAGCAGAACUCUGAGAGAGUGCUUCACACAUGGGACCAUUUUGUAAGGUGCUGUUCAAGCUUUGACCAGCUGGGGGCUGUAGCGGCUCAGAUGCCCAGCGUGGAGCGGCUCUUCAUCCCGGCCACGUGCGUCGGGAGCGCAGAGGGUCAGCCGGCCAUCACCCAGAGCCUGCAGUAUGUCAGAGCACAGGUGGAGGCUAACAUCACCGAGUUCACCACCUGGAAGACUCAGCUGCUCUCCCUGGGACACCAGCACCCAGAUCACCAGUCUGCCUUCAGUACGGACUUCUCCGCUGAGCUGGAGACGAACAUCAACGCGGUGCUGUGCGCUGUCCAGACACUUGUGAAGAGAAGGGAGAGAGAGCAACAAAAAGAGCAGCCUGGAGAUGACCAGAGAGACGGAGCUGAAAAGGAGGAGGAGGAGGAGGAGCCUGUGGAGGACCUGCUGAAGCCCGGUCACCUGGCCCGUCUCAUGGAGGAGGAGCUAGAAGCAGAGGUGGAGACUCUGUGUGUGGGAGCCGCUAACGACAGACUGGAGAAGCUGCUCGGCACGCUGAGAGCCCACAGAGACGCCUGUCAACCACCACAGCUCCAGGAGGUGAACAGGGCGUGCAGCAUGUUGGUGCGUCUGGAGCCUCUGCUGGGGAUUUACUCCGACCUGGUGCGAUACUACCUGGCUGUGUCCAUGGGAGCACACAGGAGCACAGGCAAACUGCUGUCUGUACUGGCCAGCAUCUUCACCGAGCUCGCCCAGAAGGGUUUCUGCCUGCCCCAGGAGCUGAUGGCCGGUGGAGACGGAGAAGGUGCCACAGAGUUCCACGACUACGAGGGCGGUGGCAUAGGAGAGGGAGAGGGCAACAAAGACGUCAGUGACAAGAUUGAGAAUGAAGAGCAGGUGGAGGACACCUUUCAGGAGGGCCAGGAGAAGGAAGAACAACAGGAUAAAGAGAAUAUCAAGGCUGAAGACAACGCUAUUGAAAUGUCAGAGGACUUUGAUGGCCAGAUGCAUGAUGGGGACGAGAAUGAACCAGGUGAAGAUGAAGACUCUGAUAAAGAGGACCAGGAGGAGCUGGACAAAAAGAUGGGGGACCUGGGUGAAGGCCAGACUGACACUCUGGAUGAGAGGAUGUGGGGUGAUGAUGAGGAUGAUGAGGAGGAAGAGGGAAGUGACCAGGAGGAAGAGUCUGGCCAGGGAAUGGACCAGGGUGAAUCCGAGCUGGUUGCCAAAGAUGACAACUUGGACGCUGCGGAGCCAAACAAAGACAAGAAAAACCAGGAUAAAGAAGAACAGAUGGAUGAGGAGGCGAAAGAAAAGAUCCACGAGCAAGGAGAUGAGAGGGAGUUUGAUGAGAAUGAAGUGGAUCCGUACCACGGUCAGCAGGACAAGAGACCUGAGCCUGAGCCCAUGGAUCUGCCCGAGGAUCUCAAUCUGGACCAGGAUGAAGAGCCUGGAGACAAUGGAGAGGGCGAGUGUGACGAGGAGAAUCCAUUUGACAUCGAUGAAAAAGCCAUGGACCUGGAUGAGAAGGAGGAUGGAGAGAAAGAUGGAGGAGAGGAGGAAGGAGCCGAGGGGGUGCAGGAGGACCAGACAGACCUACCAGGAGAGGAGAACGAGCAUGAGCCCAAGACUGAAGAGGAGGAGGGAGAAGGAGAGAAAACAGAAUGUGAUGAGCAGUCUGCUGAGCAAGAUGAAGAGGAGGAGAAGGAGAAGAGUGGAGAAGAGGCAGGAAGAGAUGAAGAUCAGGCUGUUCGAAACGACAAAGAAAACAAACCACAGGAUGAAGAGGAGGAGGGAGGGGGUGAGGAUGAGGAGCAGCCAGAGUCCGCAGAGAGGAAGGAGCAUGACAGAGACGGUCAGACUGGAGAGGAGAAUGUCCAGAGUGAAACAGCUGUGGAGCUGGGAGGAGAGGCGUCGGAGAGAGACCAAGCUAAAGAGGAACAUGGGAGUGGGGCAGCUGAUGCCAGCCAAGCAGAUGGUCACGAGUCAAAGCUAACGGCUAGAAUGGCUUCACAGACACAGACUCAGGGCAAGACUCAGAGCUUCAAGAGAAAACCUGGUCACGCGGACAACGAGCGAUCGACAGGCGACUACAACGAACGGAUAAACAAGCGCCUGCGUACGGUGGAGAGCAGCAAGGACAGAACUGCAGACAGCAGGCAGAGCGACGCCCAGCAGGAGUCUGACCUGUACGAACACAUCAAGCAGGGAGAGACGGCCUACGACACUCAGACAUACGAUGUGGCGAGCGCAGACCAGCAGAAAGCAGCAGGGCCUCAGCAGGACCAGGAUGAAGAUCAGAAUGAUGAAGAUGUUGCCAUGGAAACCGAGGACCUCCAGGCCGCUGAGGUCCAGGAGCUGAAGCCUGAGCAGCUGGAUUCAACCAAGGCCUCCCAGAAAGGUGUAGACAGUGGAGAGAUGGAGGUGCAGAGGCAGGGAGAGGAGGAUGAGGACCAGGAGAGAUGGAAGGACCGACAGCGGCUCGCAGAAGAGAAGCGGGCAGAGAGAAGCACAGAAUCCACCAUUCACACUGUUCCUGAGCUGCUGAUGGACAGCAUGCAGAAAGCAGAGAGAGACCCAGAGGAGAUGAGGAGGGAGAUGGAGCUGCAGCUGGAGGCCUGGCACAAGCUGGCCCCAGGAGCUCAGGAGGAGGAGAGUGCAGCUGCUUCCAUGUGGCAUCAGUACCAGACUCUGACCUCCGCUCUGUCCCAGCAGCUGUGCGAGCAGCUCCGCCUCAUCCUGGAGCCCACACAGGCCGCCAAGCUCAAAGGAGAUUACCGCACAGGGAAGCGCCUGAACAUGAGGAAGGUCAUCCCCUACAUCGCCAGUCAGUUCCGCAAAGACAAGAUCUGGCUGAGGAGGACCAAGCCCAGUAAGAGGGAGUACCACAUCUGUCUGGCUGUGGAUGACUCCUCCAGUAUGGUGGACAACCACUCCAAACAGCUGGCGUUUGAAUCCCUGUCGGUGAUCAUCAACGCUCUCACUCUACUGGAGGUCGGACAGGUGUCUGUGUGCAGCUUUGGCGAGCAGGUGCAGCUGCUCCACCCCUUCCAGCAGCAGUUCAACGACGAGUCAGGGGCUCGGAUCCUCCGACUGUGUCAGUUCCAGCAGAAGAAGACCAGAAUAGCCCAGUUUUUGGAGACUUCAACCAAAAUGUUUCUCGCAGCUCGGCAGCAGAUUCCAGGAUCUUUAAACUCAGACACGGCCCAGCUGCUGGUCAUCGUUUCUGACGGCAGGGGGCUCUUCCUGGAGGGGAAGGAGCGGGUGACGGCAGCAGUGCGAGCAGCUCGCGGCGCAAAUGUGUUUGUCAUCUUCGUGGUGCUCGACAACCCCAACUCACGGGACUCCAUCCUCGACAUCAAGGUCCCCAUAUUCAAAGGACCGGGAGAACUCCCAGAGAUCCGCUCCUACAUGGACGAGUUCCCCUUCCCCUUCUACGUCAUCCUGCGAGACGUCAACGCCCUUCCAGAGACGUUGAGCGACGCUCUCAGGCAGUGGUUUGAACUCGUCACGGCAGCCGACCAAUGAGAAGCCCUCUUUCUCACAAAGGGAGAAGUGUGCGGCGUCCGACUGCACCAAAAUGCACCACUCUGCUGCUAAGCUUCUCAGUCAGAACUGUAAAACAACCAACCAGAAGACGGAUUUACCGCUGUACAUGUGCCUUUAUUUUCUUAUUUUUACUGUAGAUUUUAGUAGAGUUUAAUAGCAACCUUUGCUGUUUUAUCUUUGUCAUCAGAAGAAUCGUGUUUCUUUUGUAACGUAACGAGGAUUGCUUUAACUUGCACGUCUCCGAUGAAAUGAUAGAAGUAAAAACUUGUGAAUUCAUUGCGUGUGAACCACCUCAGUGAAGAGUCAGUAAAUACCUCUGUCCACCUUGUACAAUCCCCCCCAAACCGUUUGUGUGGAUGUGACAGUCGGUGCUGCAGAGAUCAUCCGAACCAUACAUGUGAAGCGUGAACACGGCAGCUGUACAGAGCUGUGCUUUGUGAAAACGGACGUCACGGCCUGCAGUAGCAUGUUGUCGCGGCCGUGACCGACGCUCGGAGGAACUCAAAAAUGUGCCUUGGGGAGGAGAACGGUGUUGCAUCUCUCUCCACAGCUGGAUCAGCUGCUGGUUGACGGGUCAGAGGCACGGCCACAGCUCUGUCACAGGUUUUUAUAGAAACUCAAAUCUCAUACACUUUAAAGCACAACCGCGGUUCCGCAGAUGCCAGUUUUAAACGAAUGCCCCAGUAUGAACCAGUUUUUGUGGUUUGAAGACGACAUAUCUGCCGCGUUGGUCUCAACAACUGCUGAACGAACAGCUCAUCACCGUGUCUGUUAGGAGUAGAUGGAAUGUUUAUCAUCACCUCUGUGUUUCGUAGCAUAAACGUACGUGUCAGCAGACUCUGGCCAUAUUUAAGAGCAUCCAUCUGUUAAAUCAUGACACGAAUGAUCCUGACAAUAAACAGUUUAAAAA